AUGACAUCAAGCCCCGAAGCAGUUUUCAUGGACCAAGUCUACAUCGCCAUCCUCGAUGUCGCACGGAAGAUCAAGAGUCGCAUGGGGCAGCAAGACACGUGCAGCGCCACCCUCUUCAAGUUCAUCGACGUCACCACAUUACUAGUCAAGCUGCAGGAGGAGUACGGCGCUACAAUGCUGGCAUCUGGUUUUUCCGAAUGGGAUGAAGCGGGUUACAUGAGGGGCCUGGUCAACACGUGGCUUUGCUGCAUAGGCGACGUCUUGGUCAAUGGUCUCGCCGAGCGUUUAUCGAAGACGGAACUGGACAGACAAUCACUGGUUGGAUCGGUGCUCCCUGCUCUGCUUGCCUCUGAUGAAGCCAGCGACGUUUCACAAUUCUUGUUUCACCAGGCGUACGACUCCGCUACAGCAGAGCAGCUGGUCGAGCUUGUCCAAUUUAUGGUCACGCAGAUUGAUCAGCUGGGCGAGACCUUCGAUGACGAACUCAGAUACCCCAUCGGAGGCGGCACGACAGCACAGGACACCUCGCGCAAACCCACAUUGAACUUCGCGGUAGGAAAUCAGGAGGAAUCUGGUCUUUAUUGUCGCCUGAGGUCGAUGUUCAAGCCUAAGAGUAAGGGAGAUACCUAA